AUGGCGGCCUCCUUCUCCUCCACCGCGGCGGCGGCCGACGCCUUCCGUUGCUCAAUCGCCUCCCCCUCUCGCUCCUUCACCAACGGCAAGGACGACAAGCCCCUCGUCGCAAAGCUAUACCGCGAGGGCUUCACGGCGCGUAUGGGCGUGUGUGCGCGUCUCGUGUUUGCCGGACACGGCUGGGGCCCGGCGGAGGUGGCGACGAUGGCAGAGACGCUCUCGACGGGCUGUGCCCACAACCUCGAGAUGCUCGUACUGCUCUCCAAUCCCGUCGGGGACGGUGGUGCGCUCGCGAUCGCCGGAAUGCUGCCGCACGUUCCGAAGCUGAGGCUCAUCCUCAUGGGCGACGCGACGGUCGGCACGGAGGCGACGGCCGCGCUGCGUGCCGCGUGCGAGGCGCGUGCGGUCGACCUUCGCAUGAUCAGUAAGGUUGGCGAGGUAAUGUGGUGGGGUCUGUGCGCGAGCGUGCACAGCGUCCACGACGCGCUGGGCGAGGGAGCACUGGAGUGA